AAAUUUGAAUUUUUGUCGCGAUCUCGCAAUUUUCUUCAAUAUAAUUUUUACUUUAAUAUAUAAUAUAAAGAGUCAAUAGAAUGGCUGUAGAUCAAGCUAAAAUGAGCAAUGUAACAGUUCCAAAGAAAUCUAGACUGGAAAUGAAUGUACGGCAACUUUUAAAUAAAUGCGAAUUGAUUGCAAAAGAGGAACCUAUAGACACGCAUUGCAGAUUGAAACAAUACGUGGAAUCUCUGAAUGAUAUGAUAACUGAACUUAAAACGGGUCCUGACAAGCCAGCUAAAGAUGUUUUAGCAGAGUAUAUUAAAAGAGCAGCUUUCUUAAAAGGAUUGAUUCAAACGGCUACCCUCAAUAGUCCUAUAGAAAAGCUUGAAGCUGUACAAUUAUUAUCACAUGGUGCUGCCACAAACUCAGCAGAUGGCUCCGCUCAGGAGAUACACCAGAAGACUGUGGCAAAGUAUGGACUGGAACUGCGAUCAGAAUUAUUUGGCUUAGACAGUGAUGAUGCACUCAGGCAGCGCAACAUCAUCAAAGCAGCUAAUUUCACCAGCAACAGCACCAGUCAGGAAGAUAUUGAUUCUUUACUCAAGUACCAUCAGAACAUGCAAGAGAAAGUUGCGGAAAACAUGGUCAUGCUCACUAAGAGUUUGAAGGAGCAAUCACAGAUCGCAAGCACUAUUAUAAAGGCUGAUACUGAGGCACUGAAAAAAUCAUCAGAUCUGACAGAUAGGAAUCUCAUCUCAUUAAAAGUGGAGUCAGACAGGCUGCAGGAACACAGCCGCGGCGCGUGGAAGUGUUGGCUUUGGCUCAUGCUAGCUGUAGUCGUGGCCAUAUUUAUUAAUAUGGUGUUGUUCAUGAAAGUGACAAAGAAGCGGAAAUAUGAUACAUGAAUGACUUUUAUAGACUGUAAGCUUAUUAUUUAUAUUAUGUUAUAAGUUUUGUAUAUUUUGAAAUGUAAAAGUGUAAUAUAGUCAAAUAUAGUCUACCACUAAAUUUUA